CUGCCUGAGUGGAAGUGCGGGCGGCUUCCGGUGUGAGUGACGAGUGGUGGCCGAAGCUGGGGUACAGCAGGGAACGUUUAGGUAGAGACCAUGGCGGACGGCGGCUCAGAGCGGGCCGAUGGGCGCAUCGUGAAGAUGGAGGUGGACUACAGCGCCACGGUGGAUCAGCGCCUGCCCGAGUGCGAGAAGCUGGCCAAGGAAGGACGGCUUCAAGAAGUCAUUGAAACUCUUCUCUCUCUGGAAAAGCAGACCCGAACUGCCUCUGAUAUGGUGUCCACAUCCCGCAUCUUGGUUGCUGUAGUGAAAAUGUGUUAUGAGGCUAAAGAAUGGGACUUACUUAAUGAAAAUAUUAUGCUUUUGUCAAAACGGCGGAGUCAGUUAAAACAAGCUGUUGCAAAAAUGGUUCAGCAGUGCUGUACUUACAUAGAGGAGAUCACAGACCUCCCUGUCAAGCUGCGACUGAUUGAUACUCUACGGAUGGUUACGGAAGGAAAGAUUUAUGUCGAAAUUGAGCGUGCGCGACUGACUAAAACCUUAGCAACUAUAAAGGAACAAAAUGGUGAUGUGAAAGAGGCUGCUUCCAUCCUUCAAGAGUUACAGGUGGAAACCUAUGGGUCCAUGGAGAAGAAGGAGAGAGUGGAGUUUAUUCUGGAGCAGAUGAGACUCUGCCUAGCUGUGAAGGAUUAUAUUCGCACACAGAUCAUUAGCAAAAAAAUUAACACCAAAUUUUUCCAGGAAGAAAAUACAGAGAAAUUAAAAUUGAAGUACUAUAACUUAAUGAUUCAGCUGGACCAGCACGAGGGGUCCUAUCUGUCGAUUUGUAAACACUACAGAGCCAUCUAUGACACGCCCUGCAUUCAGGCCGAGAGUGAGAAGUGGCAGCAGGCUCUGAAAAGCGUUGUUCUGUAUGUCAUCCUGGCUCCUUUUGACAAUGAGCAGUCAGAUUUGGUUCACCGGAUAAGUAGUGACAAGAAGCUGGAAGAAAUUCCCAAAUACAAGGAUCUACUGAAGCUUUUUACCACAAUGGAGCUGAUGCGCUGGUCCACGCUGGUCGAGGACUAUGGGGUGGAGCUACGGAAGGGUUCUCCUGAGACCCCGGCAACUGACGUUUUCAGCUCUACAGAAGAAGGUGAAAAAAGGUGGAAAGACUUGAAGAACAGAGUCGUGGAACAUAACAUCAGGAUUAUGGCCAAGUACUACACUCGGAUAACAAUGAAAAGGAUGGCACAGCUUCUGGACCUCUCUGUGGAUGAGUCAGAGGCGUUCCUCUCGAAUCUAGUCGUUAACAAGACCAUCUUUGCUAAAGUAGACAGGUUGGCUGGAGUCAUCAACUUCCAGAGACCCAAGGAUCCAAAUAAUUUAUUAAAUGACUGGUCUCAGAAACUGAACUCGCUGAUGUCUCUGGUUAACAAAACGACACACCUCAUAGCCAAGGAGGAGAUGAUACACAACCUACAGUGAGGCUGGAUGCUUUUAGAAAAGACACAGUUGGGGUCAUUAAAAAGAAAGACUGUUUUCAUGGUGUAUAUGCUGGUUUUUUCUUACUCUUCGCUUUUUUCUAAAAUUUUAAGAUAGUGAAUGUGUUUGAGCCCCCUCUGCCUUUUCCUCUCCCUGGUUUUAUGUUAACUCUGCUUUGCAAUUGGUAGAAAGAUGUUCCACAUUUUCAGUGUCUGAAGACGAAAGGUUUGUGUCUCAGCUCACUUGAGUAAGUUCCUGCCAUCUGUUUUUAUUCACCUGACAACUACAUGGCAAUAAAAAUAGGGUGUGUGUUGGCUCCUGAAGUUGCCUCUGCUUGGAGGGAUGGUGAUUUAACAAAUGUUUAUAAAUAAUCGUGUCAUAGCUGUUGAUGACUUACUAGAAUAAAAACCAACAUAGAACAUGGAAGGAUCUUGUGCAUGGAGAUGUACUUUGUGUUUUGGUACUAUGGCAGGAAGUAUGGCCAAAGUGCAUUUGGAGUCCUCUCACAGAACACAAAUAAGAGUUCUGUCCCUCAGCCUUCACUCUGUGGUAGAGGAUGAAGACCGUGAGCUUAGGCCUCUCCUUCCUCUCCUCCGUAAAUACUAGGAUUGCUGGUGCUGCAAUUGAACCCUGGGCUAGCAUGCUAAGCAAGCACUACACAGCUCAGCUUCAUCUCCAAUCCCAUAAUCAAAUGUCAAUCACUGUACUUUGAUUAUACUGUGCCCCUCCUACUUGUUUGCUUUCAGGUUUGUUUUGAGGUGGUCUUAUGUAGUCUAGGCUGACCUGAAAUUAGAUGUGUCAUGGUUGAUGACCUUAGACUCCCAAUUUUCCUGCUGCCUCCACCUCCCAGGAGCUAGGCUUCAGGUGUGCACUCUUAAGCCCAGCUUGACCAGUUUUUAACCAAGGAGAUGAAGCCACAUUGGCACAGGCCGUUUCCUGUUAGUUAUCUUGGUGGUGCUUUGUGGUAGGGCUCUUCAUCCUUUCCCCGCACUUCCUUUGUAUGAACUUAAGUUUGGCACCGCCGGGCGGUGGUGGCGCACGCCUUUAAUCCCAGCACUCGGGAGGCAGAGGCAGGCGGAUCUCUGUGAGUUCGAGGCCAGCCUGGUCUACAAGAGCUAGUUCCAGGACAGGCACCAAAGCUACAGAGAAACCCUGUCUCGAAAAACCAAAAAAAAAAAAAAAAAAGUUUGGCACCUACGUCUUUUUGUUGCACCUGAAGUUCAGCCCAGAGCCUCACACGUGUGGUAAGUGCUUACCCAUGAACUAUAACUCUGGCCUUAGGUUUUCACCUUUUUGUGUGUGGACAGAGUCUCACUAAGUUGUUCGGGCUAGCCUUUAGCUCACUCUAGCCCAGCAAUCCUUGAACUUGGAAUCCUGCAUAAACUGGCCAAGGAUUAUAGGCCUGUGCCACCAGACAGGUCCCACGAAAUGUCACUCUUGUGUAGCUGCUUCCAGGCUUCAUGUCUGGUUCUGUCCUUAACAUUCCAAAUUCAUUAUCUCUGUAGGAUCUUCAGUUCCAUGACCUGGUUCUAGAUAAUCUAAUUGCUUUUUAUUACUUUAGAAUGACGGAAAGGCUUAAGGCCACCCUCAGUAAACAUUAUGGUUUAAGGGUUUUUUUUUAAUAGCAUUGAGACAAAAGUAGUUUUACUGUCAACAUCUGAGAUGAAUUAGUAUAAGCAAUUUUUGGAAGUUUUUUUUAUUUCAGAGAAAAUAGAAAAAUGAAACAGUGUUAGAAAGUUUUUUUUUUUAUGAAGGAAUUAUGACAUGGUUUUUUAAAAAGUCCAAAUUAGAAAAACAUACUCUAGUUAUGGCAUUUCUCGUCAUAUCCCAUUUAUGGUCACCAGAUUGUCCUAUUUCAUGAUCCCACAGUUAAGGACAGUUGUGGGUUCUCUGUGGUAUUUCUGUCCUGAGUCAUUGUGUCACAUACCAAAGUAAUCUGAUUAGUUCUUGGGAAAUUAAUGCUUUGGUAAUGUCAAUAUCUUAUGUCAUUUAUCUUUUAUAAAGCAAAAUUGGCAAUUUGAGAGACUCCAGGAGCCUACUAAGCUCCUACUAUGCAGCACUAAGGUACUGGCUUUAGUUUUCAUUUGCGUGAAACGGCUGUAAAUCACUUCGCAUUGCUGACUCUCAUCAGCAAGUUGGAACUGGUUGAUGACAUCUAGCUUCAUCUGUCUGGAGGUACUCAACACUGAAAGCCUUGCCAACCCUCAGCUGGCCAGCUAUGUGUGACAAUUUGGCACCGUUUGUAACUAAAAAUUGGUAAGCUGCUCUUACAUGACUUGCAGCUUUCUGUCAAAUAGUAAGCAGUUACCAGUUUAAAAAAAGUUCAUUAGCAGAAGGUCAUCAAAAUUUGAGAUUUUGGACAGGCCACACAUGGUAGAAGGAGAGAACUGAGUCUUUUUUUUUAAGAUUUAUUUAUUUUAUUAUGUUUACAACAUUCCUUCCAUGUGUGCCUACAGGCCAGAAGAGGACACCAGAUCUCAUUAUAGAUGGCUGUGAGCCACCAUGUGGUUGCUGGGAAUUGAACUCAGAACCUCUGAAAGAGCAGCCAGUGCUCUUAACCGCUGAGCCGUCUCUCCAGCCCCGAGAACUGAGUCUUUCAAGUCAUCUGACAACACACACUGUGGCACAUGCACACAAAUGUUUAAAAAAAUGGUUUUCAGUUUUAGUUGUUCAGAAUCUAAAUCCCUUCUAUAUUGGUCCAGAGUCUAGCUUGUCUACAGAGUGAAUUCUAGGACAGCCAAGGCUACAGAGAAACCCUGUCUCAAAAACGCAAAGCGUUUUAGUUUAAAUAUGAGCACACUAUAGCAGGGUUGCUGUCACUUCCUCUAACGUCUUUAAUGAGUCAGUUCGUGUUUUCAUAUAGUUCAGGUUUUUAUUUUAGAGUCUAAUAGCUGUUUCUGUAGUCACAACCUUCAAUUAAUAUGUGAUUAUUAUCUAGUCAUUGAAAAAUAUGAUCUUCAAAAAUCAUAGUUACGAGCUGGGUGGUGGUGGCGCACGCCUUUAAUCCCAGUGCUCGGGAGGUAGAGGCUGGUGGAUCUCCGUGAAUUCAAGGCCAGCCUGAUCUACAGAGCUAGUUCCAAGAUAGGCUCCACAGCUACAAAGAAAUCCUGUCUCGAAAAACCAAAAAUGAAAGCCAUAGUUAUAUCUUGGGUAGUAAAUAUAUAAAAGUACAUAUUUAAGUUUGUUCAACUUCUGGAUACAGCAGCAAUAAAAACACUAACUUGUGGAUUUUUAAGAAAACCCAGAGAAUAA